AUGAGUCGAGACCAGCGGAAGAUCGCCACGGUGUUUCUCGAGCAGCUUCGUCAGCUUUCUAAACGGCAUCCGGGCAACAACAGGGAUGGUUUUGAUGAGGAAAUGGAUGAACUGCGAGCUGUGGAUCACCGCGUGCGGAGUAACGUGGAUGAGUUCUACACCGCCUCACUUGCGACGAGUGUUGCCAAAAACCGCUUUACCGAGGUGCGAGCAAAUGAAGGAACGCGCGUGCGUCUUCGAUCGUUGGUGGAGGAGAAUCAAGAAUCGUACAUCAACGCAAACUACGUGGAUGGUCGAGCAUUGUUUAAUGUGCCUUUCACCUACAUCGCAACGCAGGCUCCCCUUCAAAACACCAUUUUUGAUUUUUGGCGGAUGGUGUUUGAAAAUGACGUUGUUUUUGUUGUGAUGCUAUGUGGGGAGGUGGAGGAUGGAAAAGCAAAGAGUGAGAUGUACUGGCCUAAAGAAAAUGGAGUAUUGGACAUUGGAAUCUUGCAAAUCAGUUCAAUAAGUGAGAAGCGUCUCUCGGACUUGGUUUUUCGCUCUUUUAUUUUACGCAAUGCAAAUGGUGAAGAGCAUCAGGUAUACCACAUGCAAUAUAUUGGCUGGCCGGAUCAGGGCAUCCCUGACACCAGUGCACCGCUUAUGGAGAUCAUUCAAACCAUGGGAAAGUCGGAGCUCAGCGUGCAGACUCCUAUUGUUGUGCAUUGUUCCGGCGGCAUUGGUCGUACAGGUGUGUUUAUUGCUCUGCACGUGGCCCUCGCUCAAUUUCAGCUUGAACGGAAAGAUAUUGACAUAAAGAGGAUUGUGCAUAUUUUGAAAUUAUCUCGUACUGGGAUGGUGCAGCGAAAAGAUCAAUAUGUCUUUCUUUAUUACAGCGUGCAACGCGAAAUGGAUCGCAUGAUUAUGUCGGCGGAAAAGGGAGUGAGUUUGCUGGAGCUGCUGCGCCGUCGUGAGCCGACCGCCAGCAGGCAAACUGCGCCUCGGCCAGUUACAAAUACGACACCACAGUCCCCUGUAUUUUCUUCCCAGGCAGCAUGGACAACAACCAAAGUACCACAGCAGUUUGCCACUCCCAUCCAAACGCAGGCGUAUCCGCAUCACCAGUCUCAAAGACGGGAGCUCGGCCCAAUGUCUCGCAGGAAUUUUCCUUAUGCCUCGCCACAUUCCUUUUCUGCCAUCACAGAGGGUGAGCAACGGCUCUUGGAAAACUAUUUAAAACGACAAACUCCAUCAUCCCGACAGCUGGUGGCUCUUCCCCGCGAUCCGGUUCUUAAACUCGGUAAGGAAACUACUACGAAAAAAGUUCCCAACAUGAGCGUAUUGGCGACCCAAAAAGAAUCUCAUACAGGAAUCCCAAAUUCAGCACCGAAUACGGAGGCGUUGGAAGAGCAGCUGCAACACUGGCAAUGGCGAAAUAGAGAGAUGCGUUUUUCAACUGACCGUGUAGAACGCGGAGAAAGGGAGGCGGCGACACGCCAAGCACUGGAGGCCGGCACAAAAAAUGAGUCUGCUCCCUCAAAACGACCUUCUGAAGAAAAGCCCUCGAAAAUGGAAGCUCUGGUGGAACCCAGUCCGACACCAGAAGAAGUUCAAAAUCCAUUCGCUUCGACGCGCGGUGCGAGCACGUUGUCGGAGCGGAGCGCGCCUCCAGUCUCGAUCAUCAUCACGCCGCAAGAAGCCGGUACCGCUCGGAAUUCGGAUCCUACUUUCCACGCCGGCAGCGGGAAUAGCCCGACGAAUGGCUCAUACAGCGUGGGGAACGAAAGCGAACAACAUGGCCAUUCUGUGGCCACACCGGAAAAGGCGACGGCCCUCACGGCAGCAACGGCGCCUCCCGCGAUCACGGAGGCGAAGUCCGCAACGGCACCCGGGGAUCCAGCGGAGGAGGCCGAAGCGAGCCGCUCCGACCGGCUCGGCGAAGCGCUGGCGGAUUUCGAAACCCUUGGCCCGUUCCCGCGCCGCCCGCGCACGCACAUUGUCGCCAAAGAGGAGUUCGACCGACUUUGA